CUAACGAUACACACGAGCAAAAUGCAUAAAUUCGUCGCGAUAUGGAUAUUAAUUUUAAAAGCGUUUGAAGUGUCCACAAAAGUGCAUUACGAUGAAUUUAAUGUAAACGAUAUUCUGCGUACGGAUCUUAUGCCGACAUUUUUUAUGAUCGACGAAGUUAAGCAGAAUGUAAGCGAUACGUCGAUAAACAAACAAAUGCCGUACGUUAAUGGAUCGAUUGACUCGGCGUUGUCUACCCUCGAUUUUCACAGAAAAAUGAUGAAUGAAUAUCAGUGCAGAAACUACCUCGCAGAACAAAUAUUGGGUGAAAUGGGUAAAAGUGUGCUGCAAAAUCGAGUCGGUAAGCCACCUCGUGAGGGACAUGAGGGUUUUGGGAAUAAUCUGCUCACUCGGCGCACUCAGGACAUACGAAGCAACUUUAUGUAUGAUCCUGGUUCAAUGAAUUAUCAGGAGUGGCUGGCUAAGGUGAUGGCUCUCAACGAUAUCUACCGGCAUCACAACAUGUCAGUAAGCCCAUCAUACAACGCUACAGCCUUUGAGGCAGACCAUCGGUCACAGCCUAGAGAAGGCUAUGAGGUUAUGGAGGGUGCGGAAAUGGCGAUUGGAGACUCUGAUGGACUUAUGUACGAGGUUUCAAAACAUGGUGGUGGUUACGAAUACAAUAUGCCUCCCCCUCCGCCGUCGAUAUACCAACACCCGUCACCAAUACACGAGAUCCACGAGGAAUACGGCGUAGAGAGGGAGUCCCAUGGACUGGGCAUCUCUGAUCUCUUCGAUAUAUCUCUUACCGGGAUCGCUUUCUUGUCCUUCGGCAUGUUUAUAUUGCAAGUGCUUAUGUGUAUAACAAUGAACCAACAACCUACGCAAGUAAUGCAACUAGUCGACAACACCGAUACAGUCAAUGUGGACGAUGUUUUCCGAGUGAAAAGAGACGCAGAACCGCGUACCAGAACUAUUGCAACCCUCAACAGCUUGGCGCGACACGCUCUGAUGGCUAUCCGACCUCAGUCACUGGAAUGCCUCUACCGUACCUUGUGUUUAGGGAACAAACAUGCAAGGAACAUUCGUGAUAGCAACAAAUAUUGGCUACCUUUGUGGCAUGCAGGAGUCGCCUGGACGCGCGGCAAAGUGCUCGGCGCUUUGCAGGCAGCUGCUCUUGGACUCGGCGGUGCUGAUUGCAACGAAAGUUAUCCUAAAAAGCUAUGCAUUUAAGUAAGCUUAAGUUAUACUAGUAAGCUUAAGUCAUACUAGCUAUGCCCUACGGUUUUACUCGUAUAAUUAUGAAAUAUGGGCUAGAACAGAUAGAUUUUUCCAAUUCGAACCAUUUGUUUCUGAAAGGAGGCUGGCGAAAGUGGGAAUCACACUGUGAUGUGUCGUACAUUCAUACCUUUGUAUUAAUUAAAUCUAUUAUUUUAUAAAAUGCUUGUAAAAAAAAAUAUUUAGAUUUUACAGAACGGGAAUCAAAAGAAAAAUUACUGUAUUUUAUUUACGAAAAAACUACUAACUAGAUAGGGUGCCUACUAAUUUUAAGGUAUAUCUUUUUUCUCUCUGCUUUUCGAAACUGCUUACCAUUUGAUUUUUUCUUAGUUAAAUCAUGUUAAACAACU